GGGCCCGCGGGUCCUUGCCCUCCAGCACACGCCUAUUUAUUCUGGCCUGCGCCUCGAAAUUCAAACCUCCUCCUUCUUUCUUCCGCAACUCGCUCAGCUCAGCCGACCGACCUUCUCUCCACCAGCAGCUCCGACCUUUGCGGCCAGCUCAGCAGUUCCAACUCUCGCGCGCAGCAUCAAGAAGACUCUUCAUUCGUCUCUUUGCCCUUCCCUCCUUCUUUCUCCUGUUAGGCACCGCAGAAAUUUUUCAAGAUGCCGCCGAAGGAGAAAACGACCAAUUUCAAAACGUGGGAGACGCAGGCUCGCCUGCUCGCCGCGGUGGUGGCUUCCCUUGGGGAGAACUUCCGCUUCGAUUACAAGACAAUCGCCAAGUACUUCGCUCGGGACACGACCGAGUCGGCCAUCGAGCACCGCUUCCGGGCCAUCAAGGUCCAAGCCGCCGCCGCCAAGGAGGCGGUGGAAAAAAACGUGGACCCGAUGGAGGUGAACCUCACCUCCAUCAAGACCAGGGACGAGAUCCGCGACCUGUUCGGAGCCAGCACGGAGGGCGGCAUCGGCUUCCAAUUCCGCGAAAUCAAGCAGGGCGCAAAGGUCCUGACCAAGGCCGUGCAGAGCGGCGAGGAUCCCGUGGCUGCUUUCAGCAGCCACCUGAGCGGCGGAACGGGUGCCACCACCACCGCCCCCACCACACCGAGCACCACCAAGCGUGCUCGGUCCACCAAAAGGACCGCGUCCGGCUCGGGCGCCACGCCGGCCACCAAGCGCCGCAAGGCUGCCGUCAAGCCCGAGCCCGAGUUUGACGACGACGAGGACUCGCCCGAGGUCGACUACGAGGAGCUCGACCUCACUCCCACCAAGGAGAAGAAGAAGUGGCGCCCGCACGCCGGUCAGCUGCUUCCGCCCGAGGCCUGGCGCAAGCCCCCUCCGGGUACCAAGGGACCUCGCUCUUCCUUCAGCCAGGUCCGCACCCAGGUCCGCAUUGCGCCUGCUCCUCCCCGGCCUGCCACCCCCGCCUACACGCUGGCCCCCAUCCCGGGAACGACCAACCAGCCCAUCGCCGGCGGAUACGCCAAUUACCCUGCCUUCGCCACCGGCAGUUCCGUUCCGUCCGUGGCCAACUCGCCAGCCGUCGACAUGGACACCGCGCGCCGCGAUUCCGCCGCCUUCUCCGUCGGCAGCGGCAGCAGCUUUGCCGGUUCGCCCCCUCCGGAGGCAUUCAUGUCCCAUGCGAACCCGCACCAAACUUCCGGCAUGAUGAUGACCACGAGCCAGUAUUCCCCGGUUCCCGGUUCUUCCGCCACGAUCGGCAUGGGCAACGUGCAGUCGUUCCACGGAUUCGACGCCGCCUCCCCCUCGGCCUCCGUUUCUGAGGCCCACACUCCCCAGAGCACCACCUCGUCCUACACGAUGAUGGCAGCCGGUCCCGCCACAACCGCUCAUCCCUCGUUCUACGCCGCCCAGGAGCAGUACUCUCCGACGGCCCAGACCUACACCGACUCCGGUCUCGAGCCCCAGGGCGACUACGUCUAUCCCUCUCCUCCCAAGCCGCGGGAUGAUGCCAAGUCGCAAACUUACGGCUCCGAUCAGGCGCCGCCGUUCGCCGGCGAUUUCGACGACUUCAGCAACUGGGGAAACCUGCAUGGCUAUGACGACGCGGGCGAUUGCUAAACAAGGCAAGAAGAAACAACAGCCCAGCGAGAAAAGAAACGGGUUGUGGCUUAGCCUCCCCCUCUCCUCCGAAGAUCGCAGACCAGCAAGCACUGCCCUCCCUCCAACUUUACAUCACGGCGCAACCGGACGAACUGUCCUUGUCUCAUUCCUCCC